AGCUCGGUGACCCUUUAAAAUGAGGUAAACGCCUGCGCAGUGCGGUAUGUUGGUGCUGGUGAGCGCGGGGCCAGUGUUGGUGCAGUGGACAGCUAGAAUGUGUGUGCAGCCUGGGCUGCCGCAUUGGAAAGACUUGCAACGGUUAAUUUCACAGGGACAUUAACCGCAUGCUGCCACAGCACCGACGUCCGGUCGUCCCGCUGUGCAGAUCUGAAUUGUAUCAUCACUUCAUUAUCUGCGAUUAAAGGAAGAGACAGUUACAGAUACCAUCGAGGGCGGAGACUUGGGAGCUGACAGGGAGAUGGAUCAGUGCGGGGAACGAAUCUUCGAAGUAAAAACCCAAAUAUAAGUUUCAUUUAAAACAAAUGAGAAACGGGAAAGCAGACCCGAAAGUUCUUGUGAUUUCGCGGAAAAAAUAUCUUCGCGAGGAAGGAGAAAGAGCAAACUGUAAUCGACCAGGCAAAUGGUUCGCACGAGCAGAGUUUUUCUUGGACUUUGAAAAGGCAGGAUCAGCGAAAGGUUCGGGACAUAACGGUACUUCUGAAUGGCUGAGUCUGCCGGCCCUUUCCGAGUUGCAACGAAUCGAAUGCAUGAGUUGUCCAGGCUGCUGGCGGCAAAACUAGAGGGAAGCAAUGGAAAAUCGGCUGGGAGGCAGGCUGCUGAGUGUAACAGUUCUGCACGAAUACAUUGGGAGCAGAGUGUAUGAGGUUGCAUUGACUGCAUCUGUUCAAGAGAUCAAGGAGUUAAUCUUUGUGGAAACGGAUUUCCCUGCUUCUGAACAGCGGCUGAUGCACAAUGGGAAAGAGUUGGAAGACUCGAUACAGGUUGGGAGUUUGUUACAGUCUGGGACGCACAAGAUUAAUUUGACUUUGCAAGGAAGAGGCCUGAAAGGAGGAGGCAGGUUUGGUCAAACAACACCACCACUUGUGGAUUUUCUCAAGGACAUUUUGAGAAGGUAUCCUGAGGGAGGGCAGAUUCUUAAGGAACUGAUACAAAACGCUGAAGAUGCUGGAGCUACUGAGGUGAAGUUCUUGUACGAUGAAACUGAAUAUGGAACAAACUCGCUCUGGUCAGAUCUGCUGAAGGAAUAUCAGGGAUCAGCUUUGUACUCGUAUAAUAAUGCAGUAUUUACCCCAGAGGAUUGGCAUGGAAUUCAGGAAAUAGCAAGAAGCAGGAAAAGAGAUGAUCCCUUGAAAGUUGGUCGCUUUGGGAUUGGUUUCAAUUCUGUCUAUCAUGUAACAGAUGUGCCUUGCAUAUUUAGUGGGACUCAGAUUGGAAUGUUGGAUCCCCAUCAGUCACUUUUUGGAUCCUGUGAAUCAGGUCAAAGUUGGAAUCUAACAAGCGAUCGAGAUGAAAUUAAUGAAUACCCAGACCAAUUUGCACCAUUCAUUGGAAUUUUUGAUAGCACCAAAGAAACUUUUAAAGACGGCUUCUUUCCUGGCACCAUUUUCAGAUUCCCUCUCCGUAAGAAGCCAUCCUAUGUGAGCAGCAAUGUUUACAAUAAAGAGAAAGUUCUUGAGUUGUUUGAGUCAUUCAAAGCAGAUGCCAGCUCUGUUUUGCUUUUCCUUAAAAAUGUGCAAAGUGUGACGUUGUACAGCAGGGAAUCCAGUGGGACAGAGCGAAUGCUUUUUAGGGUGAAUGCCUCUGAGGGUAAGGAGCUGAAGCAUGAGAGGCCAAACUCCUUAAAGAUCCUAAGGACUGCUGCAGAUCGGUACUGCAGUAAUAUUCCAAACCACAGUGUGACAUGUGUGACCUACCAUGUGGACAUAAUGACAGAAGAUGUAACCUCAAAGGAAGUAAAUGAAAUGUCCUGGCUCGUCUGCAGCAGUAUUGGCGGCAGAGGAAUGUGCAAUGAACUAGAUUGUUUGGCUGAAGACUUGAAGUACAUUCCCAAUAUUGGCAUUGCCAUGCCUCUCCUUGGUAGAGAGGAAGUGAAAGGGGCUGAGGCUGAGUUCACAGGGCGAGCAUUCUGCUUUCUUCCUUUACCUCCAGGGGAAGAAAGCAAGACUGGUUUACCGGUGCACAUCAGUGGUUUCUUUGGACUGACGGAUAACAGGAGAAGUAUUAAGUGGAGAGAAGUGGACCAGUGGAGAGACCCUGCUGCUCUAUGGAAUGAGCUCCUAGUUAGUAACGUAGUUCCAAAAACGUAUGCCACCCUCAUUCUAGAAGCUAUAAAACGAAUGCAGACUGGAAAAGAUCAAGAUUCUCCAUUAACUCCCGAAGCAAUUCACAAAGUAUGGCCUGAUAUUAACAAAAUCCGUGUACACUGGAAGCCAAUUUUAGAGCCUCUCUUUAAGGAACUGAUUCAGCAUCCUGUUAUCUAUUCAAUAAAUAACCGCUGGGUGAAAGUUGACUCGGUUUAUUUCUGUGAAAUGGACAUCAGCAGUGAUUGCACAGAGCCUGUGCUCAACUUCCUCACGAAGGUGGGAGUGCAGAUAGCUCAAGUACCUGCAAAUGUCUCCAGUGCUGUGCAGGCCUUCAGUUCUGAUGCAAGGAACCUAAAGAAAGUCAGUCCUACUCUAGUACGGCAGAUGAUUAGGAAAUUUCGACACCGAGGCAGUGUUGAGGAGAAACUUCAACUUCUGGAGUACAUACUGAGUGACCGCAACUUUGGAGAAUUGAUUGGAUUGGAGCUACUUCCUCUACAGAAUGGAAGCUUCAAAUGUUUUGACUCCUCUGCAACAGACAAGGAUGCUAUUUAUAUCACCACAGAUGAUCAUCCUCGAUCACUUUUUCCCGGACUGGAAGGGAGAUUUCUAGCUGAAAAUUUGAAGCCAUCUCUCCUGUCUGCCCUGAGGGAAGCUGCGGAAAGCCGAGGUCGACUCUGUACACAACUGCAGUUGCUGACUCCCGAACGUUCUGCACGUCUUAUCAAAGAAAUGAUGAAUGCCUGCUGGCCUGGCAGAGAGAUGAUGGUGCAGUGGUCACCAGGAAGCCCAGAGAGGAAGCAUCCACCAAUGUCUUGGCUGACAACAGUAUGGAGAUAUCUAUAUCAUAACUUCCCUGAAGACCUAACUCUGUUUGAGGAGUUGCCACUGAUCCCGAAGAUGCCUUUGGAUGAAUCCCAAAGCACAGUCAAGCUUUUACGCCUCCGAUCUCCUUCUCCCAUAAUCUUGGAAUCUGAAAAUGAAACACAGCUCCCUGAGUUUCUAGCCGAUGUCAUUGAGAAGCUUGGUGGAGUUGCCAUUAAAGAGCUAGACCCAUGUUUGCAGCACCCCCUUAUGAAAAAGUACAUCCAUUCUCCUCUGCCGAGCACCUUGUUGCAGGUCCUGGAUAAUGCACUGCCACAAAAGAUUACCAGUCAGGUCAUGUUGUUGCCCCCAACACAUAAAAUUGCACUUAGGUGUUUCUUAGCUAGUUUGCCAGAAGUUAAUGAGCGAGACAAGAAAAUUCUUCAGGAAUUAAUUAUCUUUAACAAAAUUGAACCAUCCUCUGAGAAAAGUAGCCAAAGUUUUAUUGCAUUGAAAGGAAGUAAAGUCUUGCAUCAUACUGCAAAGCUUCCGCCAGACAUACGGAUGUCCAUUCCUGUAAUACAUUGCACUGAUGAAGCAUCCAUUCGACUAGUUACCUUGCUGAAAGCUGAACAACUAAAGAGUACGGACUGCCUAAAAAUUAUACUGCAGGACAUUGAAAAAGGCUUUUAUUCUAGUAAGGAUGUAACAAAUAUUGUAUCUUGGAUUCUCAUUAAUUUAUCUUUUCUUAAAGAUGAAAAUGCUUUGUUUAUAGAAUGGCUGAAAUCUUUGAAAUUUAUUUCUACCUCUCAGGGAAGAUUACUGUCAGCUAAAGAGUUGUUUGAUCCCAAAAUAGAAACAUUGCAGGAUUUGUUUUAUGCUGAUGAAAAAACAUUGUUUCCACCAGAGAGCUAUACCUCAACUCCAGAUAUUUUACAUGCUCUGAGACAAAUAGGCUUGAAGAAUGAAGAUCAGUUAACUGAAAAAGAACUCAUCCAAGUGGCCAAAAGAAUUGAGGUACUGCAGAGCAGUAGCAAGUUUGAGCAGGAACUGGUUAUCAGAAAAGCCAAGACAUUACUAACAAUUCUUCAUAGACAAAAGACUUCACUGCUUUCUUCUGAAGCAAAGGCAACAUUGCAAAAAAUAAAGUGGGUUCCAGUUUGUAAGAAACGUCCUCUGAAUUACCCACAAUCCCUUGCUUGGAAAGGGGAUGUAUUAACUUUCCACAAGGCUUGUGAAAUGCGGGAUAUAUCUGAUGCAGUAUUAGUUGGCUCUGCCAUGCCUCUUGUGGAGAACAUCUCUGCUGCAGUUAGAAAAUUGCUAGGAUUUUCCACGGAACCCAGCUUGGACCGGGUUUUAGGGCACUUGAAGAAUGUUGUGGAUUGGCACAAUUCCAAGGAUUUCAAUAACGAUGAAUGGUACCAGUUUCAGCAUUUCUUGCUUGACAUUUAUGACUUUAUGCAAGGACAUCUGGAGAAGGAUAAAGAAGGGUUCAAAUCAUUGAUCUUUCCCUGGGUAUGGACGGGGAAGGUCUUUACUGUACCUGGACAUGUAGCUACAAAACCCAUAGAAGAACUUGAUCUGGAGCCUUACCUAUAUAUCCUACCAAAAACAAUGGCAAAAUAUCACAAGCUGUUUACGUUCUUUGGAGCACUGGAAGAAAUAACAACCGAGCACAUCUUCAAUAUUAUUAAGAUUAUCAAACAGAAAAGUGAUGGUGAAAUCACUGAGCAAGAAAGUAAGCAAAACUUACUUCUGGUACUAAACAUCUUAAGGUGGCUGUACAUCAAUCAAAUCACGGUUAAUGCUGAUACUUCAAUACCUAUUCAUUACAGUAAAGAUCCCAGCAAGCUGGUAAUGGAGCCCAUUAAGAACUGUAGUUACUGCGACAUCAAGGUGGAUGACCUCAGUGACUUGCUUGAUGAUUCAUUAGAACCCAUUAAUUUGGUGCAUGAGGACAUUCCUAUGAAAAUGGCUGAGGCAUUGCAAGUGCCCUGCCUUAGUACGAGGCUCAUUAACCCAGAGAAUUUGGGCUUUGAGCAAUCUGGACAAAGAGAGCCCCUCACUGUGCGAAUCAGAAACAUUCUAGAAGAAUAUCCAUCAGUUGCGGAUAUCUUCAAAGAGCUCUUACAAAAUGCCGACGAUGCUGAGGGAACUGAGUGCAGCUUCCUGAUUGACAUGCGGAGAAACUCGGAUAUCCGGGAAAACCUCCUAGACCCAGGUAUGGCACUGUGCCACGGGCCUGCUCUUUGGUCAUUCAACAACUCUGACUUCAGUGAUGCUGACUUUGUAAAUAUAACCAGGCUUGGUGGAUCCCUGAAGAGGACUGAGGUUGACAAAGUUGGCAAGUUUGGACUUGGUUUUAACUCUGUUUACCACAUCACAGAUAUCCCUAUAAUUUUGAGCCGUGAAUUUAUGAUAAUGUUUGAUCCCAAUAUUAGUCAUUUGGGAAAGCAUAUUCGUGAUAAAACACAUCCUGGGAUAAAAAUUAAUUGGAACAAACAUCAGAAGAGAUUAAGAAAGUUCCCCAAUCAGUUCAAGCCAUUUGUCAAUGUCUUUGGUUGUGAUUUGCCACUGGACAAGGAAAGACCCUUUUGCUAUAUGGGAACUCUUUUCAGACUUCCCUUUAGAGUGGAGGAGGAGGCAUUAGUCAGUGAAAUUAGCAACGUUUCCUAUAAUAUCACUGAUAUUUAUUCUCUUGUAGAUGAGUUCAGUCUGUGUGGCCAUAGGUUGAUUCUCUUCUCUCAGAAUGUCAACACCAUGUUCUUAAAAUACUUAAAAUCAGAAGAAUCUGAUCCUGGCUUUGCACAAAGUCUUAUUGCAAUCAAGAAAAUCUUAUGUUCAUCAAAAGCUGUGACCACACCCAUGAAUAUUUUAAAGGAGGCAGCAAAGUUGAUGAAAACACUUGCCAGUACAAGACAGCUUCCUUCUGAAGCGCCUCGGUGUGCCUGCAUAGUGCAAAUAGUGGUGGAUGAAUUUCUUCAGGUAUUCCGAAGGAUAGUUGAUCUUCAGUCACCUCUGUUCAGACUUCCAGAUGAUGGCGAUUUCUUGGAUUUUUCAGCAAAGAUAGCACACAGCAGGAAGGGAAGUGAAGAGGAACCCCCUGAAAAAAUGACUGAAUCCACAACGUGGCUUAUAUGUUCAUGCAUGGAUACUGAAGAAGCACUGAUGUUUUCACUGCAGGAAAGUGGACGGAGAUUGGGACUUGUCCCUUGUGGUGCUGUUGGUGUUCUUCUAUCUGAAACAGAAGACAAAAAAUGGAGCAUCAAGACAAACGGUAGUGCUUACGGGGAAGUGUUCUGUUAUCUGCCUUUGAGAAUCAAAACAGGAUUACCAGUGCACAUCAAUGGCUGCUUUGCAGUUUCCUCCAAUCGGAAAGAAAUCUGGAAAACAGAUACUAAAGGCAGGUGGAACACCAUCUUCAUGAGGCAUGUGAUAGUUCAGGCAUAUUUGGAAGCACUUGCUGUGUUGCGGGACAUGGCUGUUAAUGCAGAGCUUGUUGAUUACAACUAUUACACAUUAUGGCCUGAUAUUACCUUGGUUCAUGAUGACUUUGCUGUGGUGUGGCAAGGUCUUUAUGAGGACAUAGCCAAAGGAAGAGGAAACAAGCUGACAGAGGUCUUCUCAGAUGGAACUUCCUGGGUUUCCAUCAAAAGCAUAAGGUUCUUGGAUGAUACUUUGCUUCGUAGACCAGUCGUUGGGCCUUUGGCUUUUAGGAUUCUCUUGCAGUUCCUCAAAAAGGCUGAGCCUCAACCACUGUGUGCUGUGGAACUUCCACCUUGGGUUAGAGCUGGCUUUGAAGAAGCAGGCUGCAAGAAUAUAUUACUGGAAAAUACGUUUUCUGAGAAGCAGUUUUUUACAGAGGCAUUUUUCCCAUAUAUUGAAGAGAUAGAGGCUGAGCUUCGUGAUCCAUUAAUGCUUUACAUUCUCGAUGAAAAGGUGUUGGAGCUUUCUGGGCUGCUGCGUACAACCUGUUGUAUUCCAUCGUCAGGAGAACAGCAACUGUUAUCUGUUCCUUCAAGACUCAUUCAUCCUGAGGGUCGAGUUGCUAAGCUCUAUGACAUUAGUGAUGGGAGAUUCCCUUGUGGAACUACACAAGACUACCUGAACCCAGUCCGUCUAGUAAAGCUCGUACAACUUGGCAUGAUCAAGGAUGAUAUAUCCUGGGAAGAUAUACUGGAACGAGCGAUGUCUGUGGCAGCACUAAAUGAAAGUGAUCAUGCAGCAGCCUGCCUCCGGAGCAGCAUCAUACUCAGUUUAAUUGAUGAGAAAUUAAAGUAUCGGGACCACAGAGCUAAAGACUUUGCUGUGAAAUUCCAGUCUGUACCUUUCCUUCCUUUCCUUAAAAAGCCUCCAGGUUUCUCAUUACAUUGGAAAGGAAAUGAUUUUCAACCUGAAACUCUAUUUUCAGCUAAGGAGGUGUACGCACUUGAGUACCAGGAGAUAGUCUGUCUUCUGCACCCGAUUCUAAAUGAAAAUCCUCCCAGUAAAGGGUGCGGUACCCUGUCAUUGAGUGUUAAAGACUUUUUGGGGUUGUUAAAGAAGCCACCUAUUCUUGUAGUGUUAGAACAGCUGAAGAAAGUAGCCACUGGCUUUGAUGGCAUUACUCUUUGCCAAGAGAACAUAACAAAUGCUUGUUACAAAUAUCUUCAUGAAGCCAUGAUGAAGAAUGAAGGUGCAAAAGUGCAGAUCAAUGGGGAACUUGAAAAUUUUGCCUUUGUUCUGGUUGAGAACACUUACGUUGAGUCAGCAAAGGUUGCCUUCCACUUGAAUUUUGAUGCAACUCCCUACCUUUACCAGCUUCCAAACAAGUAUAGGAACAAUUUCCGUGAAUUCUUUGAAAAGCUGGGAGUUCAAUCCUCAUUCACAGUUGAAGACUUUGCAUCAGUCCUUCAGGUCUUAAAAACUGAAUGUGAUCCUGAAUCACUAAGUGAAAAUAAUUUUCAGCUGUGCCGAAGAAUCAUUAGUGAAGGAGUCUGGGGUCUCAUUAGGGAGAAAAAUCGAGAUUACUGCAAGCGAAAAUAUGGAACCCUUUUGUUACCAGACGGUGAUGGGUUUCUUGUUCCAGCUAAAUCUUUGUGCUACAAUGAUUGUCCUUGGAUUAGAGUGCGCGAUAAGAGUGUGAAAUAUUGUCAUCCAGAUAUUCCAAGAGAGGUGGCUGUUAAGCUGGGGGCAUUACCAAAACGUCAUAAAGCCCUAGAGCGCUAUGCUUCCAAUAUUUGUUUCAGUACCCUUGGCAGUGAAUUUGGACAGAAAGAGAAACUGACCAGUAGGAUUAAAAGCAUUCUCAAUGCGUAUCCUUCUGAGAAAGAAAUGCUAAAGGAGUUGCUUCAAAAUGCAGAUGAUGCAAAAGCCACGGAAAUCUACUUUAUAUUUGAUCCCAGGGAGCAUCCAGGAGAUCGAAUCUUUGAUGAGAAGUGGGGACCCCUCCAAGGUCCUGCAGUUUGUGUGUACAAUAACCAGCCCUUCACAGAAGAUGAUAUUAGAGGGAUCCAGAACCUGGGAAGAGGGACAAAGGAAGGGAAUCCUGGCAAGACUGGGCAAUAUGGAAUCGGUUUUAAUUCUGUGUAUCACAUAACCGACUGCCCGGCAUUUAUUUCUGACAACGACGUCCUCUGUAUUUUUGAUCCCCAUGCUAAGUAUGCACCCGGAUCUACCAAUGUCAGCCCUGGAAGGAUGUUCAGAGAUUUAGAUUCAGACUUCAGAAAUCAGUUUCAUGAUGUAUUGAGUCCGUUUUUAGGUAACCUCUUCAAACUGGAAAAUGCUACAAUGUUUAGGUUUCCAAUACGAAAUGCAGAGAUGGCCAAAAUAUCUGAAAUCUGUCAAGUCCCUGUGUCAGAUCAGAUGGUCCAAAAUCUUUUGGACAAAUUGCGUAGCGAUGGAGCUGAGCUCCUAAUGUUUUUAAAUCACAUGGAGAAGAUUUCCAUUUGUGAUAUUGAAAAGACAACAGGGGAACUGAAUGUUCUGUACUCGGUGAAAGCCAAAAUCACAGAUGCCGACAGGCUGAAACGGAAGCAAUUCCAUGCCUCUGUGCUUGAUAGUGUAAAUAAAAGAAAACAGCUCAGCCAGAUACCAGUUCAACAGAUCACUUAUGCUAUGGACAUUGAAGAUUCUGAAGGCAACCUUACAACAUGGUUGGUCUGCAACAGGUCAGGUUUCUCAAACAUGGAGAAAGUUUCAAAGUCUGUUAUUUCAGCUCAUAAAAAUGAAGACAUCACGCUUUUCCCUCGAGGAGGUGUUGCUGCCUGCAUUAGUCAUAAUUACAAAAAGCCUCACAGAGCUUUCUGCUUUCUGCCUUUGUCACUAGAAACGGGUUUACCUGUGCACGUAAAUGGACACUUUGCUUUGGAUUCAGCAAGGAGGAAUUUAUGGCGGGAUGACAAUGGAGUUGGGGUACGCAGUGACUGGAACAAUAACCUCAUGACUACCUUAAUCGCUCCUGCCUACGUGGAACUGCUGGUACAGGUACGGAAGCGCUACUUUCUUGGUUCUGACCCAACAAUAACCGUCUUGCAAAACACACCCAUUCAUGUUAUGAAGGAUUCUUUAAAAAAAUUUCUGACAUUCUUUGCAGCCAACAAGCAGGACAUACAGCCGGAUUGGCAUUGCCUUGUGAGAUCCGUAUAUUGUUGUCUUCAUGACGAUCUCAAGCGUCUUCUUCCAGUAGUCAGGAUACCAAAUGCAGACAGUGGAGAACUGCACCCUACAAUUUUUAUUAGCUGGGUGAAUACAUCCACAGCUAAUAGAAACCGGUCGUUCUUUGAUAAUUUGCUUCAGGAUGAGCUGCAGCACAUGAAAAGUACAGAAUACAACAUUGCAGUACGAAAGACGAUUGCUGAAAACGUUUACAGGCUCAGAAAUUUAUUACUUGAUAUAGGAUUCAACUUGGUUUAUAGCUCGGAUGAGACUUCCAACAUUUACCUCUGUUUUCAGGAAGCUGGGAUUCCAGUCCACUAUGUAACGCCUGCUGAUGUCCGAGAGUUCUUGCACACGUUUACAUCUCCAGAUUCAAGCUGCCACCUUGGAAAGUUGCCCUGUCGACUACAUCAGACUGCACUAAAGCUCUUUCACAAUUUGAAACUUCUGGUUGACUACUGCUUCAAAGAUUCCGAAGAGAAUGAGAUUAGGGUGGAAGGGCUUCCUCUUCUCAUUACUCUGGACAAUGUCGUGCAGGCUUUUGAUGCUAAGCGUCCAAAGUUUCUGACAACUUACCAUGAGUUGAUCCCAUCCCGUAAAGAGCUAUUCAUGAACACACUUUAUAUGAAGUACAAUAAUAUCUUGCUCAACUGUGGUGUUGCAAAAGCUUUUGAUAUAAACAGCUUUGCCGAGCUGCUCUCAUUUGUGCUUCCCAGAGAUUACAGAACAAGAUUUGUUGUGAAAUGGAAAGAAAGUUUUGUAAGUGAACCGUGGUUGAAAAGCUUUUGGCAUUUCAUCAGUGAUGCAAUUUCUGUGAAGGAAGGUGAAGCCGAGAUUGGGCCAACAUUUGAAAUGAUUGUUGAGACAUUGAAGGACUGGGCUUUGUUGCCUGGUACAAAAUUUACUAUUUCCAGCAACAAAAUGCUGGUACCAGAAUGUGAUGUUCUAGUACCACUUAGUUUAAUGCAUGUUUCAAUCUUUCCAACUGGCCAAAAUGAAAAGGUUUUCAGUACGCUGAUGAAAGCUGGCUGUAUUCAAUUCGCAUUGAAUAAAACUUGCUCUAAAGAGAACAUAUUAGUCUCACAGUUGGUUUUACACUUGGCAAAUGUUGAGAGUCCAACUAGCAUUCUGAAGGCUCUCGAUUAUAUGAACCGAACAUCAACACUAAGGACAAAUAAUCUGAAUGACAAUGACUUUGAUGUGCUUCUGAUGUAUUUCAAUUCCAACUUGAAUCAGCUGACUGCUCAAGAAGAUGGUAAGAUUCUGAAAUCAUUGCCUUGUUACAAGGCCAUAAAUGGCACCUAUAUCAGCAUCUUAAAAUAUGGGUCUUGCUUUGUUCUAAGAAAAAACAUUCCUCUAGCUGAAAUUGAAAGAUGGACACUGUCUUCUAACUUUGCAUUUCUUGCAGACAAUCCUCAGUUGAAGGACUUGUAUAGUUUCCUCAACUGUGUUCCCGUGGAUGAUCUUGAGGUGUAUUUGAAGCACUUGCUGCCAAAGUUUGAUAAUCUGACUACUGUGGCUAAGAUCGAGCAUUUGGUGCAUCUGAAGAGAAAACUUUCCAACUUGGACGAAGGUACGCCAAUCAGACAGCAAUUGUUUGAUAAACUUGAAGGCCUUGCAAUCAUUCCUGAUUCGUUCAACCGCCUAAAGCCUACAAAGUGUUUCUAUGACAGGACAGAAAAUGUUUUUAAAGCAAUGUUGCCAGAGAAUGCUUUCAUUUCUCAAGACUUUUUUCGACGACUGGAACAAGUUGAAAAACCCAAGAACCGUGCUGCAUUCCUCACGUCAUGGAUAACGUUCUUUCGAAACAUUGGACUGAAUUACACAGUCUCCCAGCAACAGCUGCUGCAGUUUGCUAAGGACAUUGGAGUUCGAGCUCAGGCAGAGAAUUGGUCCAGAGAAACAAUACAGAACAAAGUUGACGUUCUAUUAAAUCAUAUAUUUCAAGAGAGGACUGAUCUGUUUACCGGAACCUUUCUUAAAGACCUCUCGUUGAUUUCAUUCAUCUACCCAGAACGCGCUUCAGCAGAGCUCUUGAAACUUCAUCCUCAGUAUAAGGAACUAAAUGGGACUCUCUCUCUAAUAUGUUUCAGUGGAGCUCAAGUCAAUCCCAAAUUCAAGCAGACUGACGUUAUGCAAUUAUUGUGGACAUCAUGCCCGGUUCUUCCAGAAAAGGCAACACCUUUGAGUAUUAAGGAGCAGAAAGAUAGCAGACUUGAUAAACAGCAACAGGUAGAGGAACUUCUAGCAAUGUUAAAUGUUAGUCUGGAUCCCCCACCAGACAAAGUCAUUAGUAACUGCAAAAACAUCUGCAACAUUCCAUCUCCAGAAGAUGAUAUGAUUAAAACAAGAGUCAAAGUGUUGCAGAGUACUUAUGAAUUUCUGAAUGCAGAAAAGAAAGAUUUCCGCUCCCAUCUUCGAGGUGUUGCAUUUGUUAUGGUCGAAGAUGGCCGGAAGCUACUUAAACCUGAAGAGGUUGUCAUAAAUCUUGAAAAUGAGUCUGAUUUUAAACCUUACCUGUACAAACUGCCUUUGGAACUUGGCAGCUUCCACCAGUUGUUUAAACUUCUGGGCACAGAAGAUAGCAUUUCGACAAAGCAGUAUGUCGAGGUACUAGGGCGUAUAUUUAAAAUAUCAGAAGGGAAGCAACUGGAACCGAAUGAAAUGCGAACUGUAAAAAGGGCUGUGUCCGGACUUUUUAAGAGUCUUCAAAGUGAACCGGUAAGGGUCAGAAUUGACUUUGAAAGUCUACGUGAGAUAGGUCUUUAUCUUCCAAGUCAUGACGGGAGAUUAACAAAGUCAAGCAUGUUGGUUUUUGAUGAUGCACCACAUUAUAAAAGUCGAAUGCAGGGGAAUGUGGGGAUGCUAAUGCUGGUGGAUCUCAGCCAGUGUUAUCUGGGAAAAGACCAUUCAUUUCAUACAAAGUUAAUCAUGCUGCUCCCUUCAAAACUUAGGCCAAGGUUACUCAGUGGAAUCUUGGAAGAGAUCUUAGAUGAAGAAACGCCAAAAAUAUGUCAGUUUGGGGCACUUUGUUCACUACAGGGCCGUCUUCAGUUGCUGCUUUCCUCAGAACAGUUCAUCACAGGCCUUAUCCGGAUUAUGAAGCAUGAAAAUGACAAUGCCUAUUUGGCAAACGAAGAAAAAGCCAAUCGACUUUGCAAGGCCUUGCGUGAAGGUCUAAAAGUUUCCUGCUUUGAGAAACUGCAGACGAGCCUUCGAAUAAAAGGGUGUAGUACCAUCCCUCAUAGUAAAAGUGAAACGUUGGCAUUCCUGAAGAGAUAUGGAAAUGCAGUGAUACACUUGUAUAUCCAGCAUGCAGAGGGCAAGGAUAUUAAUUUUCUAUUGGCCCUGGCAAUGACCCUUAAAACUGCCACUGACAACUUGAUUUUGGAUACUUCCUACCUAAUAGCCAUGCUUGGCUGCAAUGACAUCUACAGAAUCAAUGAAAAACUGGACAACUUAGGUGUGAAGUAUGAUUCUUCUACUGAACGUUCAAAACUUGAACUGCCUUUACCAGGCACACCUAUACCAGCUGAAAUCCAUUACUUACUCCUCAUGGAUCCCUUGAAUGUAUUCUACCCAGGCGAAUAUGUUGGGUAUCUUGUCGAUGCUGAAGGUGGUGAUAUAUAUGGAUCAUACCAGCCAACGUACACUUAUGCCAUCAUUGUGCAAGAAGUAGAACGUGAAGGAGCUGAUCAUUCCAGCUUUCUGGGAAAGUAUUUCCAGAUUGACAUCGGCUACAGUGAGUACAAAAUUGUAAGUUCUCUAGAUCUGUACAAGUUUUCAAGACCUGAUGAAAGUUCGCAAGGGAGAGAUAGUACACCCACCACUCCUACAAGUCCCACUGAAUGCCUUUCUCCAGGCCUCAGGCCGAUACCUCCCCAUUUUCCUGGAAGGGAAAGCCAUCGAGCACCAACUUCAAAGCACCAGUCUCCAAAGAAGAUUAAGCUACAUGCCCUGCCUGAAAUCCUUCGAGAGGUCACCUUGGUACUGGAACAGGCUUGGAGACUUCCUGAGUCAGAAAGGAAAAAGAUAAUACGACGGUUAUAUCUCAAGUGGCAUCCUGAUAAAAAUGCAGAUAAUCUGGAAAUAGCAACUGAAGUCUUCAAGCAUGUACAGAAUGAAAUCAAUAGGCUAGAAAAGCAAGGGAUAGGAGGUUCUGAAUUCGGUACUGACCGAGCUUCUAGAAGAACCUACUCUUCUUCAUCUGCUCGCUUCCAAUCAGAAAAGUUCUCAUUUCAGAGAUUUUACACAUCCUGGAAUCAGGAAGCAACUAGCCAUAAAUCUGACAGGCAGCAUUUUAAAGCCAAAUUUGCUUCAGCUCCAGGUUCGUCUCAUUCUUCACGGUUUUUUGUGCCCCCAACCUUCAAAACUGUGGGCAACCCCAUUGAGGCACGAAGAUGGCUCAGGCAGGCACGAGCAAACUUCUCUGCAGCUAGAAAUGACCUGCACAAAAAUGCUAAUGAGUGGGUAUGUUUCAAGUGCUACUUGGCAGCAAAGCUUGCUUUGAUAUCAGCUGAAUAUGCAGUUAAGGGGAAGUCUGACAAAGACGUCAAACCAGCUGCACUUGCACAUAAAGUGGAGGAAUACAGCCAAAGUCUGGCAGGACUUGCAGCAGAUGUAAAUACUCUGGAAGCAUAUGGUGUGGAUGGAUUGAGAACCCGGUAUCCAGAUCUCCUCCCCUUUCCUCUAAUUCCAAAUGAUAAAUUCACUACGGAUGUUGCAAUGAGAGUGAUGGAAUGCACUGCACGGAUCAUCAUAAAACUUGAAAACUUCAUUCAACAAAAACUGUAAGGUUACAAUUGGUAAGGUUAGGAAACACAUAGGCAUUAAUCUGGACAACAGUUAAUACAAACAGAAGCAUUUUGUCAUCUAGGAUGAAUCAAGGAUAUCUUAUCCUUCUGUAAACGUAGCUGUCAUGAAAUGUUCAUGUAGUCUUGUUAAAUUAACUUUGUUUCAUGAAUUAAAACUGAAAACAUAGCACAGCACUUGUUGCAAUAGUUCUGAGCCAGUUGCCCUUUCUAAAUGGCCAAAAACUCUUUUACUUAUGCACCAGAUCAUAACCAGUUUGCCAUCUGCAAGCUCUAUAUAUGAAAUGCUUUGAAAAAAUGCAAAGAAUUCUUCGUAAAGAAUUAAAAUGAAUUAGAUGUCCAGCGAGCUAUCCUCCAAAUGAGUGUCAUGAUUAGUUCAAUGCCCCGCAUAAUAUUUAAAACUUUCAUUAAGACCAACAUGUUCACCUCUAAACCAUACGUAAUAUACUGAAUAAAUAGUUUUUUGUAUGAAGUCGUUUCAUAUUCAGUCAAUUUAUCAAUUUGAUUAUUAUCUUGCUCACACUCGUAAACAUUUUAGUGAUUAAACCCGCUCAAAGUUUCCUUUGCACUUUUUGGACAAUAUGGAAACCUGUAUAUACACACCAAUAUGAUUUGAAGGCAUUCCUUUCAAGUAACUGUUUUGCUUUGAGAGAGAGGUUUUUCGUAAAAGAUGAUAGUCCCACUUUAACUCCAAAUUUAACAUUAAAUUUCUUUCAAUGCAUUUGGCUAAGCAUGAUCAAGGUAAGCCGUUUCGUGUAUCAGUGCUGAAACCCUGUGAUCUUUUCAUGCAUCUUCAUCAGCUGGAGCAGUGCAGACCAGGGUAAAGCUGAACUUUACGUAGCUGCUGGAAUUAAGCUACUGUUCCGAUAGAAGUAUGGGCAGGCUUACUUUCCUUAAUUUUAAUGCCUUAAGUACAUGCAACAGAUUAUAGUAACUUGCACUAGAUGAAUCCAAGAAGUUUCUUAACCUAUCUCCUUUGCGGGGAAAGGAGAGGGUUAAGAUUUAAGUUGUUUUCUCAAUGCUUGCAAUUGAAGUACCAAUGGCUGUUACUAAGUAAGUAUCUUUUGCCAAGUAUAUAUACAAUAGAAAUCUUGAAAUAAACAUCCUACACAGUUGAAAUCUUGACACAUUCUAUGAGCAUUCACAAAACACAGACUGGGUCUAAACAUUGGUCUACAAGUAUAUAUAUCACACCAUAGUUUUACAGAAUAAAUGAAUUGUUUGCAAACUAUCACAGGUUUGAAACCUGAAGGUUCUAUUUAAUUGUAUAAUAAAAAAAAAUCAUUUUAUAUAUGCAUUAUUGUGCAAUAUUUUUGUUUAAGAUAUUUGAGUACUUCCUGACAAUAACAAAAAACAUUGUUCACUGAAUCAACAAUGAGGUGUAAUGGACUGAUGUAUUUUUGACUACUUUGCAUGACAUUUUCAUAGUCAGUUUCUGCUAUUCAUUGUGCAGAUGAUGUGUGUGUUUAAUGUAUUUUUGGUUUUGAUUUUAUAUUAUUGUAUUUUAGUGAACAGAUGGCAGAGGUGCUGAUCUGCAGAACACUUUUAUAUUUUUAAUGUAUUUCCUGUAUUUUAUUUAAUGUUUCUCAUUUUUCUAGAAGAGAUGGGAUAACUUGGUUGUUAUCAGUGUAUUCAUACUGAAUGUAAUAACAGGAUUCUGCUUUUUAGCUUUCUAUACAAAUCAGUAAUUAGGAAUUUUAUUUGGCACCCUGAUACAUUGAUUUAAAUAUAUUUCAGUGGUGGGAAAGCUGAAAACAAUAAUUAGAGUUUCUUUUCACUAAUAUUGAGUACUGUUCAGCAUUUCUGCAAAAAGGUCACUUGUAUUUUUUUUCUGUUGAAAAAGGUAGCUUCUUCUUGAGAUCAUUUUUUUUCCCAAGCCAAGUCAAAGUAAUAUACAAACACCAUUCACUUAAUUUUGAUUCACUGCUUCUUUUUGGAGCUCCAUAUAUGUUCUUUCAUGCAAAACAUACAAAAUGCUGAAGGAACUCAACAGGUCAGGGAGAUCAAUGGAGAGGAAUAAAGAGCUGAAGUUUUGGGCCAAGGUCGAUGAAGGGUCUUGGCCCGAAAUAUUGGCUCUAUUCUCCUCUCCAUAGAUGUUGCCUGACCUGCUGAAUUCUUUCAUCAUUUUGUGUCUGUUUUUCUGCAUUUUCAGCAUCUGCAGAAUUUCUUGUGUUUUUGUUACAUGCAGAAUUUUCUCACUGAUCUAAUCCUAUUGUUACAUUCCCUUCGAGGAAAUACUUCUGUUUUUAAAAACUCGAUUUUCCUUAUACAAGCGAGGCACAUUUGGACACUUAUCUCUGACCAAGCACAAUAUUCCAUAACAACAACAGUUCACUGGUUUAUGAGAACACUUGUAAUACCCAUGCAAUUUUUCUACACUAUUUGAAGACAAAAGGGUUUCAGCAUUAUAAUUAUUUUCUUGUACUUUCCUUAAUUUUAUAUGCUUGUGUUAGAGUUUUAGAAUGUUGCCAUCUCAGCUAUAUUAACUAAUUCAUCAUGACUUUAUGCAGAAAUAUGUGUUCAGUACUCAAAAUUUUGAAACAGAGAGGACUGUGUAGCUAGUUAACUGUCAAUGUUUCUUUGAUACACAUCAGCAACUUCAGUGCCAUUUAGGAAUAUGAUCACAUGUCGUACAUACUGUCUUAAUUGAUUUUGCUGUUGUGUAUAUAUUUGACAGAACUGUUACUGCAAGACUAUGGUGUGACAUUUACUAGCAGCAGGUAAUCUGGGCAUAGACUGCUGCGAUAAAUGUAUUUUUGAGAAGUGAUUAUAGUACUGCUCAUGAAUUUGGAGCAGUGUAGCUCUGUCAGCUGAUGUACCAAGUAUCACAACUACAAUAAAGCA